AUGGCUUUAGUUUUUCGCUAUUUCCUGCAAGUCCUGAUCUCUUGGGAUAUACACGCAGCUCAGCCUUCCUGUUGGCCAGGAUGUACCUGCUCAGAGGAGAGCUUUGGCAGGAGUUUGCAGUGCAUGUCUGUGUCUUUGGAAAAGAUUCCAGGCAGCUUUCACAAAGAGCUCAAGCAAGUGAGAAUCGAGAAUGCACCCUUAUCUGAACUUCCCCGAGGGUCCUUCAUCAACAUGAGCACCUUGCAGUACCUAUGGCUCAAUUUUAACAAUGUCACCGUGAUUCACCCGGGAGCUUUGGAGCACCUACCAGAGUUGAGAGAGCUGAGGCUGGAAGGGAAUAAACUCCGUUCAGUACCAUGGACAGCGUUCAGCUCCACUCCUCUCCUGAGGGUCCUGGAUCUCAAACACAACAGGAUAGAGGCACUCCCUGAACUGGCUCUUCAAUUCUUAGCCAAUCUGACCUACCUAGACUUAUCCUCCAAUAGGCUGACAGUUAUAUCUAAGAAUGUCUUUUUGAACUGGCCAGCCCAGCAGAAACACCAGCAGUAUGGUUGUGGGGUUGGGACUCUCUCCAGCACAGUACUGGCAAUCCACGACAACCCCUGGGUAUGUGACUGCCGUCUAAGGGGGCUUGUCCAGUUUGUUAAGCCCAUCAGCCUCCCAUUCAUCCUGGUGAAUUCCUACCUGAUAUGCCAGGGACCCCUCUCCAAGGCAGGGCAGCUUUUUCAUGAGAUUGAGAUCAGUGCUUGCACAAAGCCACAGGUCUCAACCUCCAGCAUCAAUGUCACCAUCCAGGUAGGACAGAAUGUGACUCUGCAGUGUUUGGCACAGGCCAACCCCUCACCAACCAUUACAUGGAUAUAUCCAUUGAGCAUGUGGAGAAAAUUUGAUGUGUUGACUUCCUCUGCUGCAGAAGAUGCUGUUCUGUCCCAGCUGGUCAUUCUUGCUGCUCACCAUGUAGACACUGGAAAUUAUACCUGCAUGGCCUCUAACUUCAUUGGCAGGAGCACACUUGCCAUCUCCCUCCAUGUCCAGCCUGCCCGCGUCCUGUCGUUAGCCCAUUCUCUCGCUGUCUCCCCAGAGAGAGAUGCCUACGUGGACCUGCGUGUGGCCAAGCAGACGAUGCAUGGGAUCUUGCUGGAGUGGCUUGUGGUGGCCAAGCCCUUUGAGGACCAGUGGUUCACCCUCUACAUUGCGUCCGAUGAAGCCCUGCGGAAGGAAGUGGUCCACAUCGGCCCUGGAAUCAACACAUACGCGGUCAAUGACCUCCUUCCUGGUAUAAAAUAUGAAGCGUGUCUCAGCUUGGAGAACCAGCCACCGGGCCGGGGCCAGUGUGUGGUCUUCGUGAUGGGCAGACACAGUGCAGAGCUGGACAGUCGUGAGCGCCUUCUGCAUGCCACAGUGGUCCUGUGUGCUGUCCUUCUGUCAGUACCUGUGGGCGUUUAUGUCUGGGCAGCUCGGGGUCCCUGCAGUUGCACUGAAUGGGGGCUCCGCUGCUGUCCUACAUGCAGAAAAGCCCCCAGGUGCCCUCAAGCAGUCCCACAGUGCAAGGAAGGCUCCUUUCUCAACAUCCCAGCUUUCUAUGAGGACAAGGAGGAACAUGGAGUCAUGGAGGGGGACGAGAUAGAAAAGAGCAACAGUUAA